UUGACAUUUUAUUAUUUACAUACAAAAAAAACGUAAUUUCCGCACCAAAACCAUAUACCUAUAAAACUUUUAGGUAUAUGACUAAAACACUCUAGCAUGUUAUAAUGGAACGCGAAGAUGAAUUUUUGCACACAUAUUUCACCCACGUAUCGCAAUUGUGCUACGACAAGGCCAAAGAACACAUUGAGAAAGAAAAAGAUCCUAAAUGUACUGCCUCGACGUGGAAUUUGUUUUUAAAUAUAUUGCCACAAUUGGCUUUGGCUGAAAAAAGUUAUUUGGAUAUAGGGUUUCUGCAAACUAAGCAUAAGAGUUUUUUAAGGAAAGAUAAUUCCUUAAAAUCUGUAUAUGAAACAUUGAGGAGUGAUUUAAAGAAAAUUGAAGAUAAUAAAUGUGAUAAAACCAUCUCAACUUAUUGCCAAAACAUUGUACAAUUCAUAAGUGCCAGAAUAAACUUAAUAGAUUUAUAUGAACAAAUUUACAGCAUGGGUGUUAAUCAACAGUUAAAAUACGAUGAAAUUCUGCAUAAUAUUGACCAAUUAAUGCAGAAAUAUUCGUUGGAAUUUACUGACAUUGCUCUUAUACCAGCUAAGGCUGUUUUUACAUUGGAGUGUGAGAUUUUGGAGCAGCUUUUUAAGGCACUUACUGAGUUACAGAAAUUGCAAUUUUUACCAUCUUUGGCUUUAUGUCAUGGGGCACAUACUAGACUUGCUGCUUGGGAAAAUAAAAUUCAAUGCAGAGAAACAUGGAAAAUAGGAUAUGUUUUUAAAGGAAAUCCUCUUCCAAGCCUAUUUCAAUGGUUACAGAAACUUAAGGGGACAGUUUUAAGCAAAUUCAGCCUUUAUUUUCAUGAUACUUUGGCACAACAGACCACACCAAUAGAUAUGAGGCAGUUAUGUUCCAAAUUACUUCAUGAUCAUUAUCAAAAAAUAUUCAGUUUUCAACGAAAAUAUGACGCUGCUUGUGUUAUAUUGAUGUCUGACAACCAGGUUUGCUGUGAUACCACUGACUAUGAUAGUUUUCCUAUUAUUGUUUCAUAUCCCCCUAGGAGUCCUCCCCAGCUGGAAACAAUUUUAAAAAUGCUCUCAGAAACCGCCAAUGAAUUGAUGAGUAAAGACAAAAUUAUUUACAAGUUUAGCUCUCAGGGACAAUGCACAUAUAUUUUGUCUACUGUAGAGCCGAAUAUUUACGUUGUUAUAUUGUUUGAAAGUAAAAAAUCUGAAAGGGAUGCCUAUAUUGGCAAUUUUAUAACCGAUUUAUGUUUAAAUUUAAGGUGUACAAAAGUUUUUUCAAGUUUAAAAAAUAUGGGGAAAUAAUUUUUAUAUUUUGAAUAUUUUAAAAGUUUUAAGUAAGCUCUGUUUUUUAUUUACAAGACAAAAGUUUGACAGGUUGUCAAAAAU